UACAGUCUUUGUGUUUCUUUGAUAUGGCCUGCAUGCUGUGCGCUGAAAGAAGAACUUAACUGUCAGCUCUCCUGCCCAGAAGUGUCUGUAAGCUUCAUAGACAAGUAAAGAAAAUGAAAUCUGCAUACAUAUUGAUGGCUUAUGUGCUAUGCACUAUGUAUGUCAUAAUAAGGGUACCCAUCAUGGCUGAAAAUCACUGUAAGGUCACAACAGAGAAAGCUGACUGUAGUCACUUGGAAUUAUAUACUAUACCUUCAGACCUUCCAUCAAACAUUACAACCCUCGACCUUUCCCACAAUCGCCUGAAGACACUGCCUGCAGCCAAUCUCUCCAGAUAUGAUAAACUUGAGCAUCUAGAUGUUGGUUAUAAUACUCUCCAUGUUCUUGAAACAGACUUAUGUCAACUACUACCAUUGCUUAAAAUACUAAACCUACAGCACAAUGAAUUUACAAAGAUUCCUGAAAAGGCCUUCCUUUACUGCAUGGGUCUUGUGGAGUUGAAGCUAAAUUCUAAUGGAAUAAAAGAAAUAAAUGGAAACCCAUUCAAAUAUCUUCAGAGCUUGCAACUUCUUGAUGUGUCUCACAACAAAAUGACAACUACAGCUUUAGGAGACCAACAGCAGCUUUCAAACCUCACCGAACUUCUGUAUUCUCAUAAUAUGAUUAAAGAACUGAAGAAAGAAGAUUUUAUGUUUCUUUGGAAAAACUCAGUGCGGAAGCUUGAUCUUUCAGCCAACCCUGUGAAAGAGAUUCAAGCAGACUGUUUUCAACAACUGACUUCUCUUCACACGCUCACAAUGGCCAACAUGACACUUGGGCCCAAGUUAACAGAAGAUCUUUGCUCACAGUUGGCCGGCACACAAAUUAGUAUUCUUUUGCUACCUAAUUCUCAACUUACAAGAAUACACAAUUCAACAUUUAAAGGUUUAGACUCCACAAAUUUAACAAGUCUAGAUGUUUCGAAAAAUACUUUGUCACAGAUUGAUAAUAAUUCAUUUAUCUAUUUGCAUCAUUUGAAAAGUCUAAACUUGGAAGAAAACCAAAUCAGUCACCUGUAUUUCAGAGCCUUUAAUGGUUUAUCAAACCUGACAUACUUGAAUUUAAAAAAGUUUUUUAGCAGUUCAAAUAACCCCAAAAUCGAUGACUUAUCAUUCCAAUGGCUUCAAAACCUGCAAUACCUAAACAUGGAACAAAAUAAAAAAAUUGACCUUUCUGAAAAUACGUUUACUGGUCUAAUAAGCUUGACGACUUUGAGCCUUGGUGGAUGCUUGUUUCAAACUUUUACGAAUAAAACAUUUUCAUCUCUUUCAAACUCAUCUCUAAUAUCACUGAAUCUGACAAAAACAGAAGUAAUUAAAUUAGAAUCAGGAGCUUUUUAUGGACUUAAACACCUUCAAGUGCUUGAUUUGGGCCUUAACCAGAUUGACCAAUACCUCACUGGUGAAGAAUUUGGGGGUCUUCACAGUAUUAAGCAGAUUUAUCUUUCAUAUAAUAAACAUCUGACUCUAUCAAGUAGUUCAUUUUGUAACAUUCCAACCCUUGAAAAGUUAAACCUCAGGAAGACAGCAUUAACAUUUAAAAGCACAAGCAAUUCUCCCUUUAACUGUCUAUCUAACCUAACCUAUCUGGAUCUUAGUAACAACAAUAUCGCUAACAUAGAAGAAGAUUAUUUUAGUGGUCUUCAUAAUCUAAGAAUUCUAAAUUUACAACACAACAACCUUGCUCGAUUAUGGAAAAAGGCUAAUCCUGGUGGUCCUGUAUUGUUUUUAAAAGGGCUGCGGAAACUAGAAAUACUUGACUUCCUUUCCAAUGGCUUUGAUGAGAUACCUGCUGAAGCUUUUAAGGGGCUUUCAAAUUUAAACUUCUUGAACUUGGGUGAAAAUAACGUUUACAUAUUGCCACCAUCUCUGUUUGAGGAUCAAGGGUCACUAAUUGAACUGGACCUACAUAAAAAUCUAAUAACAUCAGUUGAAGAAAAUGUUUUCAAAAAUGUUUUCAGUAACCUCAAAAUUUUAAAUAUGGGCAAUAACCCUUUUGAUUGUACAUGUGAAAGCAUAGCUUGGUUUGCAAACUGGCUUAAUACAACGAAUACAAGUGUCCCAGAUCGAGACUCACAGUACAUUUGCAAUACACCUAGCAAUUACCAUGGUGUUUUGGUUGAGAAAUUUGAUAAUUCACCAUGUAAGGACAAUGCUCCUUUUAAGGCAUUAUUUGUACUCAGCUUUACAGUUACAAGUUCCCUGGUGGUUUGGGUUUUGCUGCUGCACUUCCAAGGCUGGAGAAUAAAGUUUUACUGGAAUGUUUUGGAGAGCAAAAUACUUGGCUUUAAAGAAAUUGAUCCAGAAAACAAACAUUUUGACUACGAUGCUUAUAUCAUCCAUGCCAAUAAAGACAUGUCUUGGAUUGAUCGAUAUCUUCUUCCUCUUGAAGAAGAUAAGAACUGCAAUUUUAAAUUCUGUCUUGAAGAAAGAGAUUUUGUAGCUGGAUUAUCACAUCUGGAAUUGAUUGUUAAAAGCAUCAAAAAAAGCAGGAAGGUCAUUUUUGUUAUUACACAAUAUUUCCUAAAUGACCAGUGGUGCAGAAGAUUCAAGAUUCAACAGGCUAUGCAGCAAGUCAUUGAGCAAAGUCGGGAUUCCAUCAUACUCUUAUUUCUGGAGGACAUCCCGGACUAUAAACUAAAUCACAGGAUACAUCUGAGAAGAGGAAUGUUCAAGUCCAGAUGCAUUCUACAGUGGCCUGCUCAGAAAGAGAGGAUACGUGCCUUCCAACAAAAACUAAAAAUUGCUCUAGGAUCAUCUAAUGUAGUAAACUGAAUAUGGAAUGUAUAUAUUCAUGGAUAGGUCUGUCUAGCAAGCUACUGAGAAGAGUGAAGAUAUCACAGCUCAUAUUUCAAAAGAGGAAUAGUCAAAUCCCAAUGCAUUCUAGAG